AUGGGUGUCGGUGCUACUUCACUUAUUUUCUUUUUAUUGCUCUCUGGUCUUCUUCCGUCUACUUCUUCUGCUGGUCUUCGUUCUUGGUUUUGUGGUACUUGCACUGUUUGUCAAGUCUGUCCUCCGUGUUCACCACAGGUUAAUGUGGCUCCUCAUUGUGAAUGUCAUGAGAAUUUGAACAAUUGUAACUGCCAGUGUCUUACUCAACAAAACCUUCAUGCUUAUUAUCUUCAAUGGUAUUCUCAUCUUGGUACCAGUUACAAUAAUACUUAUAUUGCUCAGCUGAAUCAUCAUGUUGUUAAACGUCGUCUCUUAUUCUCACUUGUCGGUCUUCUCAGUCUUAAUCUCCUUCUGAUGUUUUUGCUUGGUGCUUUGAUCUUUUUUGCGCCUGAACUGUUACGUCGAUGGGCUCGAUGGCAAUCGGUUUCUCGUACACAACGUCAGUCACGUCUUCGUAAGCAAUUAACUCGUCUGGAACGAUCGCCUACUCCAGUCAACUCUUCGCCCAAUGAACAAAUUUUUUCUCUCUCUCAGCAUUUGGAUACUAAUACUCAGCUGAUGCGUACUCUCACAACCGCUCUGCAAUCUGCUCUUCCACCACUGGCUUCCAGCCAGUCUGGUCCCAUCGUUCGUUGA